AUGGAUGUACACGCCCUGUAUCAUAUGCUGCGGCUCGAAGUUCUGCAUCCGAAAUUGCUAGCCUUCGCAAGGGACGGACCGCUCCCGCUUAUGUGGAACAACCUUACCACUCGCUCCAGUCCCCUUCAGCCAGCGGAAUUUGAAUCUCUCACAGGUCGCAUAGCACUUAUAGCUGGUGCCACGUCUGGAUGUGGGCUGCAGCUGGCGAAGAUUCUCGCAGCACAUUGCUCCCGUCUUAUCAUCACGGCGCGCGAUCCCCAGCGUGGCCAGCGGGCCCUGGAAGAGAUACGCGCAAGCCUGCCGAAAGAAGUCCAACCACAGUUCGAGAUCGAAUUGUGGCCCCUAGAGAUGGGAUCUUUCCAGUCGAUUCAAGAUUUCAACGACCGAUUGCUCUCACUCCCGUCACUUGAUAUUGCGGUCCUCAACGCCGGCGUCUUUCAUCUCCGAUUCGAACGAUCAACAGAUUCGUUCGAGACUCACUUGCAGGUGAACUAUCUUGCGUCCUGUGCACUUUCGCUUUCUCUAGUUACUGUGCUUGGACGCGGUCGGUCCUCCCCGCAUUCCCUCCCUGGAAGGCUACUGAAUGUUACAUCCGAAGGCCACGCACUGGAGGACAUUCCUCCUGGCAAAACACCCAACGAGAUCCUCGAGAGCUUCAAUGACCCCAACUCAUUCACGUGCUAUCAGCGUUACAGGCUUUCAAAGCUUCUUAGUAUGAUUUGGACGCACGAACUGGCUUCAUCAAUUGACAGCAGUGUCCACCGGGUUGAAAUCGCUUCCUUCACGCCCGGAGCCAGUCAAACUCAGAUUUGUCGAGACCUUGGAACUGGGCCUAUCUUGCGCACAGUUAUGAGUCUGUUCUGUCAAUCGGCUGAAGCCGGUGCAUGGACGUACGUCAGGGCCCUGAUUGCGGAUGAGUACCACGGCCGAUAUUUCUUUCGGGGGCACGUUUAUGAGUACGUCUUCAUGCGCUGA